GCAGUUCCGGGCGCGGUGCAUGCCGGGGCGGCUGGGGCCAUGGCCGGCCUGUCAGACCCGGAGCUGCGGCGGGAGCUGCAGGCCCUGGGCUUCCAGCCCGGCCCCAUCACCGACACCACCCGGGACGUCUACCGCAAGAAGCUGCGCCACCUGCGGGGCGCCGUCCGGCUGCGCGAGGAGGCCCGGCCGCGGGGCGAGGAGCGGCUGCGGGCGGAGGCCCCGCUGCGCGCCCGGCCGGCCGCGGCCGCUCUGCGGGCGGAGCCCUGGCCGUCCCCGCUCGCCCCGAGCUCGGCUUUCGCUACCGCCGGCGCCUACGGGGACCUCGGGGCGCCCGCGGCCGCCUGGUCCGCGAGCCGCGACCCCGCCCCCGCCGCCCGCCCCGCGCCCCUCCGGCGCCGCGCCUCGGUCCGGGGCAGCUCCGAGGACGACGAUGACGCCCGGGCGCCCGACCGGCCUGGCCCCCGGGCCCGUCGCUGGUGGGCCCCGGCCCGGCCGCCCCCCGCCCUCGGCCCCGACCCGCGCCCCGGCCUGCGGGCCACGCGAGCGGGCGCGGCGGGCGCGGCGCAGGCCCGGCCCGAGGCGGGGCGGCGGCUGGAGCGCUGCCUGUCGCGGCUGCUGCUCUGGGCGAGCCUGGGGCUGCUCUUCGUCUUCCUGGGCAUCCUCUGGGCGAAGAUGGGCCGGCCCUCGGCGCCGCGCGAGGCGGAGGACCACAUGAAAUUGUUGCCAGUGGACUGCGAGAGGAAAAACGAUGAGUUCUGUCAGGCCAAGCAGAAGGCGGCCUUGCUGGAGCUGCUGCACGAACUCUACAACUUCCUGGCCAUCCAAGCUGGGAACUUUGAAUGUGGGAAUCCAGAGAAGCUAAAAAGCAAGUGCAUCCCUGUAGCAGAAGCCCAGGAGUACGUAGCAAAUGUGACCGGCAGCUCCACCGCCAAGUUUGAAGCCGCACUGACCUGGAUACUAAGCAGCAACAAGGACGUGGGCAUCUGUUUGAAAGGGGAAGACCCAUCUGAAUUGGUGACAACCGUGGACAAGGUGGUCUGCUUGGAGUCCGCCCGCCCCCGCAUGGGUGUGGGCUGCCGCCUGAGCCGGGCCCUGCUCACCGCCGUCACCCACGUGCUCAUCUUCUUCUGGUGCUUGGCCUUUCUGUGGGGACUCCUGAUCUUCCUGAAAUAUCGGUGGCGCAAGUUAGAAGAGGAGGAGCAGGCCAUGUAUGAGAUGGUGAAGAAGAUUAUAGAUGUGGUCCAGGACCACUACGUGGACUGGGAGCAGGACAUGGAGCGCUACCCGUACGUGGGCAUCCUGCACGUGCGCGACACGCUCAUCCCUCCGCAGAGCCGGAGGCGCAUGAAGCGGGUCUGGGACCGCGCUGUGGAGUUCCUGGCCUCCAACGAAUCCCGGAUCCAGACGGAGUCCCACCGCGUGGCUGGAGAGGACAUGCUGGUGUGGAGAUGGACUAAGCCCUCUUUCUUCUCCGACUCAGAGCGAUAAAGCUCGCGGGGCCUGUCCCCUCAGGGGCUCGAGAGGGCCACCGACCUGCUGGUGCUGAAUUCACACUUGCCUUGACUUUCACCUCCUGACUGUCAUCCAAUGGUCUCUGCAAACUCCAGAGCCUCGCUUGUGGGAAAGCCGAGCUUCCCCGGAGGGUGGGGAAAGCCGGGCAGAGGGGCCGCUGUCCUCUGCGUUGGCCCAUCCUCUGCCGGCAGAAAAGUGGAGAAAGGUUUAUCGUCCGCGGAUAGAAGAGAAGCAGCACCCGAGCCCCUGGCGAGCCCCUGGGGGUUGGGUGUGGGCCCUGGGCAGGGGCAGGGGCAGGGGCUGGGCGGCGGGCCGGGAGCAGCCGUCCAUGUGCCUUCAGGGUUCCCUGGGAGCUCUAGCGGCUGGGGCCUCUCCUGAAGGGGAGGGCCUGUAGGAGAAGUCCGGCCCUCGGGCCAGGUGUGAGCUGCUGCUGUGGCCUCCGGGGAGGAGCCUGGAGGAGUCACAGGGCCUGAGGGAGGAGGUGGGCUGCCACCAGCCACCAUCUCCGCAGCCGCCUUCAGUGGGGCCUGGCACAGAAGACGAGGUUUUACAGGCCAGACCUGCAGCCAGGCACCGCAGCCGCCGAGGGUGCCUCGCCCUUCCAGUGUGGGGAGGUCUUGUUUACAGCAACCACAGCCUCCCCACCCGGGGCUGGGGAACCGGGACCUGCAGCGCCGUGAGGCGGGGCCCACCACUGCCCGGGCUGGCCAUGGGGAGCCUGCCUGCCGCCCUCAGCCCCUCCUGGCUGCCGCUCAGCAGUGGCCUGGGGGUGGGGGUCUCCAGAAACAGGCCGGAGGCACCUUAUGAAGUGCAGGAGCCUCUCCAACGGAGUCUCAUCCCCAGAUGUUCGCAUCUGCAGCAGGUGGGCAGGUGGGGAGACGCAACAGCUGCCUCCAAAAGGCAUUAACCACCCCUGCUGGGCUUACUGGUAUUUUGUUUCUUAAUAAAGCUCCAGUCUCCCUCGUUUGA